AACAAGUUCCACACUUAUGAUAAGAGAGGGAGGAACUGUGUAGCCUUUAGUUCCCCAGUCUUUUUCUACCAUUCUGGACACAUUCAAGAUGAGGGCACCGGUGACUCUCCUGGCUGUGUUUCUCCUUCACGUUUGUUUUGCAGCUCCUGUCAACCGUCCGACCAACUGGCUCAGACAAUGUCGAGCCUCCACCAACCUCUCCAUCACAGCCCUAGAGGCGCUCCCUGGCGGAGGCUGGGAUAACCUUCGCAACAUAGAUAUGGGUCGGGUCAUGAACCUCAGCUAUUUCCAUUGCCAGACCACUGAGGACGGGCUCUACUUCAUCCCAGAUGAGGUGUUUGUCAUACCCCACAAGGAGACCGGAGUGGAGACCAGCUCUGAGAUAAUCAGCUCUUGGCAAGAGCAAAAAAGCUUGACGUCUCACGGCAUAAAUGCUGACGCAUCAUUCUUCUCUCUGUUGAAUGGUAAAUACUCGUCUGAGAACCAGAGGAUGAAAAUGCAUCAGGUCAAAGAUUCUUCAACCACAACCAGAGUGCAGGUUCGUAACCUCCUCUACACAGUUCAAGCUUAUCCGGACUUUAGUCUAGAUUCACGUUUUGCUCAGCAAGCCAAGGAGAUAGCUGAUGCCAUUGAAAACAACCAAACAAGGAAUGCAAACUAUCUCUCAGAGAAGAUGGUGUUGGACUACGGGACUCAUGUGAUCACCAGUGUCGACGCCGGGGCUACUUUGGUGCAGGAGGACUACCUGCUUUCCUCAUAUGUGUCGAACGGCGCGUCGGAAACUUCUGGAGUCAAAGCCUCUGCUGGCCUGAACUUUUUUGACAAGGUCAAGUUUGAAAUAAGCAGCCAAAACACACAACAGAGCUCGUCACUCCAGACGUAUCAGUCAAACAUUCAGUAUUCUCUUAUUCAAAGCCAUGGCAGUAUACCUUUCUAUCCAGGUAUCACGCUUCAAAGGUGGCAGGAAAAUACCAGAAACAACCUGGUUGCUGUUGAUCGGUCAGGAUUAGCCCUGCCCUAUUUUAUAAAUGACAACACCUUCCCUGAUCUGCCACAGCCUACUGUUAACAAAGUAGCCAACUCAGUGAGGAAGGCCAUAGAGCGCUACUACAAGGUCAACACUCGCCCCGGGUGCGUCGACGUCAACUCCCAGAACUUCAACUUCCAAGCAAACGUCGACGACGCUUCAUGCGAAGGCCCCGCAACAAACCUCAGUUUUGGCGGUGUCUACCAAGAGUGCAUUCCCAUCUCCAAAAAUGCAGGACCGCUGUGUGACGCCCUGGCUCAGAAAAAUCCGGAUACAGGUGCCUUUUCUUGUCAGGUGCCUUAUUCGCCAACUUUACUGAGAUCAGAGGCUCGACAGCAAGCUUACACCGUGUACGAAUGUCAUGAUGAGACAUAUCGAUGCGGGAUCUUUCACUUGUCCCACUGUCACCGUCAAGUGUGUCAGGACAACUCGUAUGUACGCUCAGCUCACAUAAACACCUACUGGUGUUCGGUCAGUGGCAAGGCUCCAGAAAACUCCGGGUAUCUCUUUGGAGGGAUGUAUAGCCCCUCCCUCGUGAACCCCAUCACCAACACCAAAACCUGCCCAGCAAAUUUUUUGCCUCUCAAGUUUCUCUCAGACGGCCAAGUGAUCUGUUUGAGUAAGGACUAUGAAACUGGCACCAAAUAUGCCGUACCGUUCGGAGGCCUCUUUAGCUGUCAGUCAACCAACCCGUUGGCAGGGCAACAACAUCGCUGCCCCGACAGGUUCAGUCAACAUCUUGCCGCAGUCAGCGAUGGUUGUGAAAUCCUCUACUGUGUCCAGUCGGGAUUAUUCACAGGCGGGCAGCUGCGUCCAAUCCACCUCCCUCCUUUCACUAGGGCACCACUGGUUAGUGUGAAAGCCACCAACACAGUAAUGGUGAUGACAGAAGGUGAAAACAGCUGGGUAAGAGUCAGAAAUACCAAGGCGUGGAAACUGGCAGACCCGAAGGAUGUUCAGGAGAUUCUCAGAAGCUUCAACCCAAACCAGAGUCAGAUGUCCAGUGGAGAAAAGGCAGGAGUAGCAUUUGCCGUGAUGGCUAUGAUGGCUCUGGUCCUCGUGGGAGUAGUGGUCUUGGUGAAAAGAAGACAAAAGCUGUUCGGGAUGACCAUAAGGAGAGGUUACAAGGAUAUAUGUCAAAAUGAGGUCGUGGUUGAUGAAGGGGAGAGAGCAUUACUGCAAGACAAUGCUUGAAAUAUUCAAACAACUUUUCUUUUUUGUUACUUUAAUGGCAAUGUAUGAAAAUGUUUAAUCAUUGCGGAUAGGCUUGAAAUGCUAUGCAUAGGGACUUUUUAGUGACCAAGGACUGCAAUGGGAUUUACAGUGGUACUUUAAUUUAAAGUUGAAUUUCUUACGCGACCAUGGUCAUAACUCAAAUCAACUUUCCCCAGUGAAAUUAAAAGAACUGAUCUGUACCAGCGAGGCUAAACUGGGGUAUUCGUAAGUCAAUGUGCUGCUGUACUAUGUUUUUGUUGUAAAUUUUUAACCUCUGACAAACCUUUAAUAAAGGAACAAAAUAAAUUUAAUAAA